CAGUAAGCAAUUGUACUCGAUUUCAACGUAAACCUGCCAUAGUAUUUAAAUUAAUGUUCAUCUCAUAUUCUCAUUUGAUUCCCCUCAGAGACCUCUUAUAACGCACCCAACGUCAUUCUGGUGCUUCAAUUACCCCACCAUCCGUCCCGUACAGUACCAUAUUCAAAACCAAGCCUUGGUGACCUUAUUUUUUACCGCCCUAUCCGGUGCUCACAAAAUCCACCUAUCACUGACAUAUCCAACCUUUUCUAGUCUGUCAUCUAUGUGAGGCAACCAAUCUGUAUAUGAGUGCCAUGGUUCAGCCUCAAAGUUCCAGAACACCUCGUCAUCGACGUCUGAGAUACGAGGGAGAAGAUGUUUCACCGACGACCUCUCGGGAACUGAGGGGAUUCUACGCUUAUGGACUCGCGGCUGAGAUAUUUGCUGUUUGUGGUGUUGGUAUGUUUAUAUUUCCGCUUUCCGCAAGAAAUAUAUAUAUGGCUGACUGCUGGGUCAAGGGUCCUUUUUGCCAGUGACAUUGGAGCAAUUAGCUCGGGAACGUGGGGUCCUUUGGUCUGAUAGGACGACGUCGUGUAUGCAAAAGGUUGUUAAUAAUGCCACCGAAAUUGCUGUGAAUUCAACAUCGGUUGUGCUUGCGAGAGCCGACAAGGAUAAGAAUAAUCAAUGUAUUGUGUCGGUGUUUGGAACUGAAGUUACGACGUCGAGUUUUGCCAUGUAUACUUUCUCUAUGGCUGUUUUUGUGCAAGCUUUGGCUUUGAUAUCGUUCAGUUCGGUAGCGGAUUAUGGUAAGUAGUUCCUUGUCAUGGAGGAAGAUUCCGUGUUAAUUUGCAAAAGGAUCCUAUAGAAAGAAAUUACUUCUGGGGUUUGGAUUUACUGGCGCCACUACCUCUAUGUUAUUCAUCUUUGUGGUUCCCCAAAUCUUCUUGGUAGGACCGUUACUAGUCAUCAUUGGAGUAACAUGUCUCGGCUCUUCGUUUGUUGUUCUCAACUCUUUUCUGCCAGUACUUGUAGCAAACCACCCAGAAGUCCAACAUACAGAGAGCGACGCAUAUACGAUACCUUUACAGCCAAUCUCUCGCAUAGCACAAGAGCAACAUUUGGAUUCGGAUAUCAAAGUUUUAGACUCUCCUUCUUUACGUAUAUCAAACAAGAUCUCUUCAAAAGGAGUCGGGAUUGGAUACAUGGCAGCAGUAUGCGUACAAAUACUCUCAAUCCUCCUUCUAUUCAUCCUUUCCAAGAACAAAAAUAUCUCCUCGACUCUUCCACUUCGUCUCGUUCUGUGCAUGGUGGGAGUCUUCUGGUUUGGCUUUACGAUACCAGCUUCUACCUGGCUUCGUUCCCGUCCCGGUCCACCACUCCCCUCCCACACAACCUCGACCUCUCGAAUACAAGGAAUAUACAGAUACACACUCUUCGCAUGGAAAUCCCUAUUUCAAACGGUCAAAACAGCAUUCAAACUGCGACAGAUCGUUCUCUUCCUCGUCGCCUGGUUUCUCCUCUCCGACGCCAUAGCAACCGUAUCCGGGACAGCCAUCCUCUUCGCCAGAACCGAAUUAAAACUAGGAACUGUAGCGGUGGCAUGUCUCUCCAUAACCGCCACCGUCUCUGGGAUCGCAGGAGCGUUCCUCUGGCCCAUGAUAUCGAGGGGAUUCAACCUCCCAACCAAAAACGUGAUCAUCGCCUGCAUCAUAGCGAUGGAGAUUAUCCCGAUCUACGGGCUCCUCGGGUUCAUCCCAUUCAUCCAAGACCUUGGUGUGGGUGGUAUCCAACGUCCCUGGGAGAUCUUUCCUCUCGGAAUCGUGCAUGGGUUUGUGAUGGGUGGGAUAUCGAGUUACUGCCGUGCCUUUUAUGGCCGCUUGAUACCAAGCGGACGGGAGGCGGCGUUUUAUGCGCUGUAUGCGGUUACGGAUAAGGGGAGUAGCGCGAUUGGGCCGGCGGUUGUGGGGGUUAUUGUUGAUAGGACGGGGACUAUUAGGGGGGCUUUUGUGUUCUUGGCUAUUUUGGUGCUUCUGCCUGCUCCGCUGGUAUGGGCUAUUGAUGUUGAGAAGGGAGUGGAGGAUGCGGAGAGGAUGGCGGGUGGAAAUGGGAAAAGUGAUUCGGGCGACGAGGAAACUAGCUUGGGAAGCGAUGAGGAAUGGGAAGGGAGUGGGGAUGAAGAUGAGAGGUUGAUGACGGGACAUACUUAGACUAGAUGAUACAGUAUUAUCGAAAAAGAAACGUUCUUGAGGAAUU